CCCACGUCGGGCCAUGCAAGAGAUUCGCCAGAUUCGGCGACGAGCUGGCGCCGGUGGAGUCACACAAGAAGGCUGGACGCCGACAUGAGCCCCAGCAUCAGCGCAGUCCACGCGGGCCAGGAAUAUGACUUGAUGACGGGAAUCGCCAUGUGCUUGGUCGGCACAACCAUCUCCAACUUCGGCUUAAACAUUCAAAAGUACUCGUUCAUCGUGCAGGAGCGAUUGCCUGAGCAUGAACGCAAGCCGUACAACACCCAGUGGCGGUGGUGGCUUGGUCUGUUUGGCAUUGCGGUCGGGUCCAUCGCCGAUUUUGCCGCCCUCACGUAUGCUGCUCAGAGCAUCAUUGCCCCCGUCGGCGCAUUUACUCUGGUCGCCAACAUCUUCUUUGCGCAUUACUGGCUUCGCGAACGCCUCAGUCACAACGACUUGUUCGGGACGAUCCUCAUUUGCAUUGGCGCGGUCAUGGUGACCGUGUUCGGGUCCCACUCGAGCACGAGCUACUCGUUGGACGAACUCCUCCGGCUGUACUACCGCUGGGACAUGCUCGUGUACUUUAGUGCGAUCUGCGCACUCCUGUGCACAUUGUACAUUGCGCUCGUGCGGUCCGAGGAAGCGCUCCAACGCCAUGGAAAACUCUCGCCCGAGUACAGGGCAUGCCGACAGAUCCAUCCGCUGUCGUACGCCGGUCUCGCGGGAGUGUUCGGCGCGCAGUCUGUCAUGUUUGCCAAAAGCACGGGCGAGCUCAUCAAGCAGACGGCGCGCGGGUUCAACCAGUUCGACAGGUUUUUGACUUACGUCAUCCUGACCUGCCUCGUCAUGACCAUCACCAUGCAGGUACCCCACAUCUCUCAUGCGCUCUCCCCGCAUGCAUCUCGUCCAUGCCCAUCUUCCUUUUUCCUCGCCUUAACCAUCCCGCUAGACGCACUUGCUGUCCCUGGGCCUCAAGAACUUUGACGCGUUGUACAUGGUGCCCGUCUUCACCUGCUUCUACAUCACGUUCUCUGUCAUGGGCGGCGCCGUCUACUUCGAAGAGUUCGCGACGUUUGGUCAAGUCCAGUGGCUGUGCUUUCCAUUCGGCGUGUUUAUCACGAUCUGCGGCGUUGCAGUCCUGUCGAGGCGGGACAUGCGCAACGAUGUACGGCAACCGCUGCUGACGUGCCACAACUACGAUUCCUGUGGCAGCAAGGGACUGGCGGCGGCGUUGUAGAACGCGAGCACCGACGACGGGUGGCGCUCCGUUGGAAUAAUAAACCUCUGUCGUUGGUCGUUCCAAUUGUCGGCACCGCCGCCGUGAUGUCCCACGACAUGGAGAUGCUUACAACGGCGUAUUGUAGAUUGGCGGGGGAAGCGCCACAGUCGGGUCGAACUGCAACUCGGUUGACGAUGUCGAGAUGCAAGCGAACCGACAUGGUGGCGUCGCGGACGGACGGCUUGAGCCCGAGUGUUAGCUCAACACCACGCACAACAUCCAAUGCGUCGACACUGAAUGCCUCGGCCACCGUUGGGAUGCUCGACGUUGCGAACCACACGUUCGUCUAUUCCGUGCCUUUCCUCUCUGCCACAAUUCAACAAUUCAUUUAUCAUGCAAGACCUUGCGAUCCCCCU